UGAUUGAUUAUUGCCCAGAGGAUCCGAGUCAAAUAUCACAUUAUUGUCUUGGAAACACUAUUCAUACAUCGGUGAUCGCUGGAUUCUUAUUGAUUUUCGGUUCAUUCCAACUAUAUUUGUAUCGGAAAUAUUCAACCCAUCACCGAUAUGUUGAUCGAAUAGGAAAAUCAAAAUUGUUCAACCUACAAAUUUGUCUAACAAUACUAGUUCCAGCAUUGGCGUUACUAAAGUUUAUUAUUCAAAGUAAUAAUGAUGGAAAGGUCUACGGUUUUAUGAUAACCGCAGGUGUUUUAACAUGUUUCGCUUAUGUAUUUUCUACAUGCUUAAUCUUAACUGAACGAUAUUACCGCUUACAAUCAGUCACUACUAGAGGUCAUGGCCCAGUUUUGUUAGUAUUUUGGACGCUAGCGUUUAUCGCGGAAAAUUUAUCCAUUAUCUACUUGCAACUGGCCGACAUCGAAAUUAUAUUUUUUGUUCUCCGAUAUGCAUCUAUACUGUUGAUAUUUAUACUUGGGCUUAAAGCUCCUGGUAUUGUAAGAGAUAAUGAUGACCAAGAUCGUUUACUUGAUGGUGAAAUUGAAAGCAGUGUUAGUGACCCAAACAUAGAUUUCGAAUCAAAUACACAAUCAGAAUCGCCUGAAAAAUGCGAAAUUCGAACUACAAUCAUUGUUCCAUAUCGGCUAUCCACAUUCAUUAAAACAGACGAAAUAAUUGUUCUUAGUGAAGGUGUCAUCGUCGAGAGAGGUCGACACGAUGAUUUGUUGAUACUGAAUGGAGUUUAUGCAAACGUCUGGUUGAACCAAUUGCAAAACUUAUACUCAGAGCAAAAUAUAGACGAUUAUUUGACAAUUAGAAAUGAGGAAACUGAAGAGAAACUUCCUGUAGCACCAAAGUCUCCGUUAAUUCCACCAGCGCUAGAUCUGUCACUAAUAGCACCAACUUUGCCUCCUCCACCAAUUUCACCAUCGCCAUCGUUACUUUCUCCAUCAACCUCUUCAGUGUUACCGCCACCAGUACUACCUCCACCAGUGCCACCUCCACAACCAGUUACAAAAAAGAAUAAUGUUCCAAAACCGGGUAAUGCUUUGAAAAGUUUCAAUUGGUCAAAGCUUUCAGAUAUGAAGAUCAAGGGAACUAUUUGGAGCGAAUACACCAAUUCAAAAUUAUAUGCAAACGUACAUCUACUGAAGUCAAUCGACACAAUAUUUUCUGCUUAUCAGAAAAAUGGUAUCGACAAUGAUGGAAAUACGGAGGUAUUGGAAAAGAAUCGACACAAAAAUAUUUCAGUAAUUGAUGGACGUCGAGCUCAAAAUUGUACAAUUUUCCUAAGACGACUGAAGCUGAACGAUAAAGUAAUUUCUCAGGCCAUCCUUUCAAUGGAUUCAAACGACCAACUUGCUGCAGACGUGGUAGAGCAGCUACUCAAAUUCACACCAUCAGCUGAAGAGAAACUUCUUUUAGAAGAGCACUCCAAAAAUAUUGAUUCAUUGGUCACAGCCGAUAGAUUUCUGUACGAAAUCUCGCAGAUUCCUGACUAUGAGCAACGAUUGCAGAGUCUAUUGUACAAAAAGCAGUUUUCAGAAAACGUGAAUUGCCUUUUCUCCCGAAUAGCCAGUGUGACAGAAGCAUCUCGACAAGUAAAACGUUCAAAGAAACUUAAAAAGUUAUUGGAAAUAGUUUUGGAUUUAGGAAACUACAUGAACUAUGGUCCACGAGGUAACGCUUCCGGAUUCCAUUUAACAUCGUUGAGCCGCUUAAUCGAUACAAAGUCCAGUUCAGUGAGGAGCCCGACUCUUCUUCACUUUCUAGUUCAAUUAAUCGAAAAGGAAUUCGAGGAAAUAAUGGUUAUCGCAGUAGAAAUUUCAGGGGUCCGACUAGCAAGCAGGAUUUCGCUUGUUGAAUUAGAUCACGAUAUGAAAAUGUUAAGAACUAAUUCGGCUAAGUUUUCCAUCUUUACGACGAAAGAAUUUUAUGAACAAUCGAUGUUAACAUUUGCGGAAUUAGAAAAUCAAGUGAAGGAAAUGAAAAUGAUGUUCGAUCAAGCCGCUCGAAGAUUUGGUGAGAACGGAUCGCUUAUGCAACCGGAUGAAUUCUUUGGAAUGUUUAAUGAUUUCUUGACUGCAUUUGAAGAAGCUAGACAGUUCAACGAUAACUCAAAGAAAAUUCAAGAAGAUGGAGAAAAACGGGCCCAAAAGGAAACAGCACUCAAGAAGAGUAGAUCGUCUAUGAGUGAAAAAAGCCUUCCAACAGCGGACACUAAAAAUGCCAGUACAGUUGAAGAAACGACGAAAUCAACGUUUCAAAAGACUAGACUGCGUGAAACAAGAGAAAGACAAAACAAACAACGACAUAGUUUGAACAGUGAAAGUAGAGAGCGAUCAAGUGCUACCGAUGCCUUACCAGAUCUCAUGUAGCACAAUGUAUGUUAAAACUAAUAAAAAGAUUU